AUGGUCGCCAGGCUAGGCAACCUCAGUGCUCUGAAGGAUUUUAUAUCUUUCCUGGCCACGGUCAGCGGCGACAUCUCUCACAUCACCGCUCCACCUUUCAUUCUAGCACCAUCUUCUCUCGUAGAGUUUCCUGCAUACUGGGCAGAACGACCGACAUUAUUCACCGCUCCUGCCCAUGAACCUUCGGCAGAGAAACGCAUGCUCUUGGUUUUGAAACUGUACCUUGCUUCCCUCCAAAGGCAGUACUAUGUCGGCCGUACCGUUAAGGAAGGAUUGAAGAAGCCUCUUAACCCCUUCCUUGGCGAGCUAUUCUUCUGCGAAUUUAGCGACCACGACUUGACCCAAGAGAAGGCCUCGGCAUCCACGGUCAGAGUCAUCAGCGAGCAGGUAUCGCAUCACCCGCCCACGACAGCAGCAUAUAUUUCAGCCGACGACCAUGGAGUCCACGCCGAGGCAUAUUCGACCCAGCACACCUCGCUCUCCGGCACGUCAGUCAUGAUUCGUCAAUCCGGCCAUGGUCUGCUGAAAGUCGAUAAGUAUAACGAGACUUAUCUUCUGCCCUUGCCAGAUGUCUGUGCGCGAAGUGUUCUCACCGGCGUGCCCUGGCCCGAACUCAACAACACUUAUAGCAUCAUCAGUUCCAGUGGAUACACGGCCGAAAUGCGGUUCAUCGGAAAGAAGAUGUGGGGUGGACAGCGCAACUGUUUCGAAGCUUCAAUAUACCGCACAGUCGACUCGCAGAAAAAGGCCAUCUUCACCGCAUCGGGCAGCUGGAGCUCCAAAUUCUCGAUAUUCAACUCGGAAGGCAAGGAGAUUGACGUGUUCGAUCUUGCAGACCCGAAAAAUCAACCUGCACCCAUGGUGAUGGAACCGUUGGAGGAGCAGUCGCCUUGGGAAUCGAGACGUGCAUGGGGUCCAACUUUUGAUGCCAUCAGACGGACAGAUAACAAUGCAGUCGUGACGGAGAAGUCGAGGCUCGAAAAUGCCCAGCGCCAGCUAAGGAAACUGGAGCAGAAGCAGGGCAAGAAAUGGGAAACCAUGUUCUUCGACCGUUGUGAUGGCGCGUCUGACGAGGAUGACGUCGUCCAAAGCCUCUUCGAUCAACUCGACGAUGAUGAGGCCGACCGGUUACGAGGAACAAAUGGCUGUUGGAGAUUUGAUAAGGACAGGGAGCAGAGGUGGCGGAACGGGCAAGGCAGCUGGAGACCAGAGACACCAUUUGGCUGA